AAAUAUAAAUUUACUUAAUUUUUCUAAUGUAUUGGUCAACAAACAAUUACUAUUGAGCAUUUAAGAGAUAGUAUGGAGAGCGGACAAUAUAGAAAGUUAGAUCAUAAUUUAAUUUGAACAGAUUUAAAUCCAAAAGAUCGUCAAAAUGAUCGUUCAUGUGAAAGAUUAUUAUCAGAUGAUGUAUUAAAUAUUUUAAAAAAUAAUACUAAUACAAAUACACAAGAAACAUUUGUAUAUCUUCAACUAUUAAGAUUAAUAAUAACAACAUAUAUUCAAACAACAACACCACUCAAAACAUGUUUAAAAUCUGCGUGGAUAAUUGUUUUUGUCUAUCAUCUAUGGUUAGCAUGGUUAAAAAAUAAAAUAUUUAAAAGUCAAUCAUCAACACCAAUAAAUAAAGAUAAAUAUUUUAUAACAAGAACAGCCCCAACAAAAACAAUUAUCAAAAGAAUCGUUACAUAUUUUUUAUUUAAUUCACAAUCUUGUGAAGGAAUGUUCCGGAAUGCAAGAUCGUUAAGUGGUGCCUAUUUUACAUUAGUUAACUUCAUAACUCAUGAUUUCCUUCGGCGUGCUGCAAAACUAUCAUUACUAAAUAAAAUAAAAUGUAAUGAAUUAACAAAUCAAACUGGUGGACGCAUAUUAUUUCCAAUUCAUCAUAAACGUAAAACUAACAAAGAUUUAUUUACAAUACAAAAUUUAGAUGAUGUUAAUUAUUUGGAUAUAGAACAGGUUAUAUCAAAAUCAUAUGAAGCAUCAGUUGAAUUAAUUGAAAAUUUAGGAAUAACAGCAUCAUUAAAAAAACAGCAAACUUAUACAUUAGAAAAAUUAAGUAAAUUUAUAUUUAAUGAAUUAAAUUCGAAGUCAAAAGUGUAUGAUAAUUUAACAGGAACAAUACACGAUGACGACGACAUGAGUUCAGAAUCAGAUGAUUGUGAACAUGAAAAUAACGAUGAUGAAGACAACAAUAAUAAUAUUACUAUCGACGAAGACGAGGAUGCUGCAUCUGAUAAUGAUGAAAAUGUUGAACGUGUUCAAUCUAUAAAAACAAUUUUUUCUGAAACGCGCAUCAAAGAUAAAAUUAAUCCUGAUUUAACAAACUCAUAUUUCAAAGUGAAAAUUAUUGAUACGAUGAAAUUCUUACAUAAACAGUCAGCAGUAUGGCUGUUGACUCACAAAAAUGAUCGUCUGUCAACCGAUAGGUUAUCACGAGUUAUGAAAGACAGCAAGUAA